UAAAAAUAUGCCUAAUAUUUUGAGAUUGUUACACAACAUUCAUUUAUGUAAGUUUAUCUGAUAACAAUAAUAUUAAUAAUUAAUAAUCAAAUAAUAAUAAUAAUUAAUAACAAUUAAAAAAAUAAAAAUAAAAAUUGUUUUCCGUUUUUGACGUUAGUUGAAAAAAAUAAUUUCCUUAUCUAACGAGUAUUUCUAAAGAUUUGGGCAAGUCAAAGGUAUUUCUGCCACAGCCAUUGUUGCUACCUUCUUCACAGGAACAAUCAAACAAGCGUUUCCGCUGUUUCUGCUCCAAAUUUACAGUUUUCAGAGAACAUGAAGAUCACCGCGUUGCUUGUUCUCAAAUGCAAUCCCGACGGAUCGUCGGAUCCGGUGAUCCUAGCAAAUGCCACGGACGUCAGCCAUUUCGGUUACUUCCAGAGGUCUAGCGUCAAGGAAUUCAUAGUCUUUGUUGGUCGUACAGUCGCUAAACGUACGCCUCCAUCGCAACGUCAGUCCGUUCAACACGAAGAAUACAAGGUGCAUUCCUACAAUAGAAAUGGUCUUUGUGCUUUGGGGUUUAUGGAUGAUCACUAUCCAGUUCGAAGUGCAUUUUCUCUUUUAAACCAAGUUUUAGAUGAAUACCAAAAGAAUUUUGGUGACUCAUGGAAAUCUGUACAAACAGAUCAAAGUCAACCAUGGCCUUAUUUAGAUGAAGCUUUGACAAGAUUUCAGGAUCCUGCUCAAGCAGAUAAGCUGCUGAAAAUUCAGAGGGAAUUGGAUGAAACAAAAAUUAUACUUCACAAGACUAUCGAUAGUGUCCUUGAAAGAGGUGAAAAGUUAGACAGUUUGGUGGAGAAAAGCUCAGACCUCAGUACAGCUUCACAGAUGUUCUACAAACAGGCGAAGAAAACAAACCAAUGUUGUACAAUAUUGUAGGGAAGAAAGGCGGAUUUGGUUGUGUUGAAUUGUUUUGCAUUUACGUAUUUUUCUAUUUGGUUGCUUGUUGGAUUGAAUAGGGCGUUACACUUUCCACUCUUGGGAUAUAUAUUUUGUAAUAUAUGUUGGAUUUAUAUGUGAUUGUAUUAUUGUAUAAAAGUAAAAGAAAACCUGAUAAAUUUAUUAAAAAUGUCACCGAAGGUAUGAAAGGUUUUAUUAAAUCUAAGGUAAGGUAAAUUUAUAAAAGAAAAGAUGUGAUAUUGUACAACUAUAUAAUGCAUAAAUUGUUGUAUAUGAUAAAAAACUGUUGUGUACGAAUCACUUCUUUAAAUA